CCAGCUCCUCCGCGUCCGCCGUCGGUCGGUGCGUGCGUGCGCCUCGUCGGUCCGCGUGUGUCUGGCCGAGCGCCCCCCUCUCAGCGGCCAUGACUCCGCCGCCGCCGCCUCCCCCGCCCCCGCCCCCAGGCCCAGAUCCCGCAGUAGACCCCGCGGCAGACCCGGGCUCCGAGCCCGGGUCAUUGGUCGUCCUGUUCGGGGCCACCGCCGGUGCACUGGGACCGGACCUGGGCUCCGACGAGACGGACUUAAUCCUUCUGGUCUGGCAAGUGGUGGAGCCGCGGAGCCGCCAGGUGGGGACGCUGCACAAGUCGCUGGUUCGCGCCGAGGCGGCCGCCCUGAGCCCGCAGUGUCGCGAGGCGAGCGGCCUGAGCGCCGACAGCCUGGCGCGGGCCGAGUCGCUGGACAAGGUGCUGCAGCAGUUCUCACAGCUGGUGAGUGGGGAUGUGGCUCUGCUGGGCGGGGGCCCCUACGUACUCUGCACUGAUGGGCAGCAGUUGUUGCGACAGGUCCUGCACCCGGAGGCCUCCAGAAAGAACCUUGUGCUCCCCGACACCUUCUUCUCCUUCUACGACCUCCGCAGAGAGUUCCAUAUGCAGCACCCAAGCACCUGCCCUGCCAGGGACCUCACGGUGGCCACCAUGGCACAGGACUUGGGACUUGAGACCGAUGCCACAGAGGAUGACUUUGGGGUCUGGGAAGUGAAGACAAUGGUGGCUGUCAUCCUCCACCUGCUUGAAGGGCCCAGUGGUCAAUUGUUCUCGAAGCCCGAGGUGAUAAAGCAGAAAUAUGAGACCGGGCCUUGCAGCAAGGCUGAUGUAGUGGACAGUGAGACUGUGGUCCGGGCCCGUGGACUGCCCUGGCAGUCAUCAGACCAGGAUGUGGCUCGCUUCUUCAAAGGGCUCAACAUUGCCAGGGGUGGUGUAGCACUCUGCCUCAACGCCCAGGGCCGCAGAAAUGGCGAGGCCCUCAUCCGCUUUGUGGACAGCGAGCAGCGGGACCUGGCGCUGCAGAGACACAAGCACCACAUGGGAGUCCGCUAUAUUGAGGUAUAUAAAGCAACAGGGGAGGAGUUUGUGAAGAUCGCAGGGGGCACAUCACUAGAGGUGGCUCGCUUCCUGUCACGGGAAGACCAGGUGAUCCUGCGGCUGCGAGGACUCCCCUUCUCAGCUGGGCCAACGGAUGUGCUAAGCUUCCUAGGGCCGGAGUGCCCAGUGACUGGGGGUGCUGAUGGGCUGCUCUUUGUGCGCCACCCUGACGGCCGGCCAACUGGUGAUGCCUUUGCACUCUUUGCUUGUGAAGAGCUGGCACAGGCUGCACUGCGCAGGCACAAGGGCAUGCUGGGUAAGCGUUACAUUGAACUCUUCCGGAGCACUGCAGCUGAGGUACAGCAGGUCCUGAACCGCUAUGCAUCCAGCUCACUCCUUCCCACACUGACUGCUCCACUGCUGCCCCUCCCCUUCCCAUUGGCACCUGGGACGGGGAGGGACUGUGUACGCCUUCGGGGCCUGCCCUACACAGCCACCAUCGAAGAUAUCCUGAGCUUUUUGGGGGAGGCAGCAGCUGAUAUCCGGCCUCAUGGUGUGCACAUGGUGCUCAACCAGCAGGGCCGGCCGUCAGGCGAUGCCUUCAUCCAGAUGACGUCAGCAGAGCGGGCCCUAGCUGCUGCUCAGCGUAGCCACAAGAAGGUGAUGAAGGAACGCUAUGUGGAGGUGGUCCCCUGCUCUACAGAGGAGAUGAGCCGUGUGCUGAUGGGGGGCACCCUGAGCCGCAGUGGCAUGUCCCCUCCACCCUGCAAGCUGCCCUGCCUCUCGCCGCCCACCUAUGCUACCUUCCAGGCAACCCCAACUCUCAUUCCCACCGACACAGCUGCUCUUUAUUCCUCUUCGGCACUGCUCCCAGCCGCCAGGGUGCCUGCUGCCCCCACCCCUGUUGCCUACUACCCCGGGCCAGCCACUCAACUCUACAUGAACUACACAGCCUACUACCCCAGUCCCCCUGUCUCUCCCACUACUGUGGGCUACCUCGCCACACCUCCUGCUGCCCUGGCCUCUGCUCCCACCUCAGUGUUGUCCCAGCCAGGAACCUUGGUCCGCAUGCAGGGUGUCCCAUACACAGCUGGCAUGAAGGAUCUACUCAGUGUCUUCCAAACCUACCAGCUAGCCCCUGAUGAUUACACCAGUCUGAUGCCUGUUGGUGACCCACCUCGCACUGUGUUACAAACUCCCAAGGAGUGGGUGUGUUUGUAGAUGAGGAGCCCGGGAGGUAAGCUGGCUGCUGCCGAUCCAACAUGCCUCUCCAGUGUCCAGAGGCCCAGCACUCAACCAGUGGCUUCCUUCUGACUUGCCAAAGCUCUCGUAAAGCACCCAGGAGACCAGAUCCAGCUCCAUCUCCUACUUAUUUCUCUGCCUGCUCACCCCAAAGAUGAUGGCUAGACCCUGCAUGCAAGGCUGGGGGUUGGAUGUGGCUACCCUACUCCCAAUGGCCUAACUGGGCCUAUUGAGUGGCAGCUGGAGAGCCUUUGGUCUGCCCUGGCUAAGGCUCAUGCCCACAGACACUGGGGCUGACAGAUCAUAGCAGCCUUGCUUUUCAUUUUAAAAUGUAAGCCCUGGUACCUUCAGUGUAUGACUCCUGGAAGAAUCAAGAGUACAUGUGAGCCUCUCUACUACCCUCUGUACCCUUGGUAGAGGGUUGAGAAGCAGAGACAGUCUGGCCCUCAGGAUACUUGGACCUCACAGACCACGUUGGACCAUGAGUGGCCCCCACCCAGCUGGGCACAUGGAUGGCAAAACCACAAGCUAUUUUGAUGAACUGUGCUGCACAAUUCCCAAAGGACACUAGGGGGCAGGAGGCCCCUACAUGAAGACUCAGGCUUGAACUUUAAGGGAGAUUUGCUGCCAGCUUUUCACGCACAUCUUGGGGAGGCCAGUUACGCUAAACCCAGCAAGACCCUAUGGAAUGUCCUUUGCACCCGUUAAAGGGUGCACAACUGAAGCCAUGGGAGGAAUUUGGAACUUUACACUCUCCUCCAUAAAACAAACAGAAGUUCCCAACCAAGUGGACUUUUUAAAAGCUGCAGUGCCUUUAGCUUUGCCCCCAGAGUGAAGGGCUCCACAUCAGCCCCUGGCGGAGGAAAAUUCAGACAGAUUCCAAGCAAACUGUCAACCUGUCACCAUUUAUUAUUUCAGCACUAUAACUGAGGAGCCUGAACUGCUGGCUCUUCUUCCCUUUGUAUUUGUGUAAGGAGUACUAUACUCCUAUAAAAGGUUUUAAAAUACAAAAUGUACAAGAAAACACAAUCUCAAGUGCUGUAAACAUAACUGAGAACCAUUUCUUUACUAAGCAUCCAUUUUAUAAAAUACAAGGUUUCAAUUUGA